CUUUUCUACUGUAUAGUGCAAUUCCAAUAUCUCAUUUCAUAAUGGAACAUUAAAACAUUUAAGGUUUCUACUAAAUAAACAAGACUAAAAAGAAUAAAGCACAUUCAAGAAAUAAAGACCACCAAAGACAGCAAGAAACAAGAACACAUACCAGAUAAGCAUACCUCUAAAUCUUAAAAGGGCAUUUUUGCUAAAUUGAUAUAAAACUAUUACACCAAAGCCUAAAAUACUUGCCGCCUUCCUGCUAAGAUCGUAACACUCGACAACAGUCACCAUUUUGUCUCUACGGUAUCCCAGUAGAUAACAAUAAACAAGGUCGUCCAGAUGGAUGUGUCUAUAGGAAUAAAGUGCGAGCCUUCAAGUCCGUUAAGCUUAAGUCAUUGCACUCAACCCAACUUUGAUGAAGGAUUCGGACGCGAUCUCUUCAGUGACUAUACUGGAAAUGAUGAUCUUGGUUCAGAUAGAUCAUUCCCAGAUGAUAGUUUAGACAAUUUCGAUAGUGGAGACUUGUCACCAAGCAGUUUGGAUGAUGGAAAGCUUGACUUUGGAAGUCAUGUGUUUUCAUAUGCAGUUGACCACAUUGAUGUUGACAGUGGGUACACAGGGGACAGCGGAGAUAGUAGCGGGGAAGUGUCCCCAUGUAGUGUAGAAUCAAACCACCAUCAGUACACCAAAUUGGAAUACUGCCCUAGCAACACGAACUAUGAAAUAGAAGUUACAGAUGGACAGAAAAAACUCUGCCUAGUUUGUGGAGACAUAGCCUCAGGAUUUCAUUAUGGUGUUUCUUCAUGUGAAGCAUGCAAAGCUUUCUUCAAACGAACAAUACAAGG